AUGACGGACUCUUGUCAGCCGCUGAGGAUUCUCUCGCUUGAUGGGGGUGGAAUCCGUGGCAUCUCAAGUCUUCUCAUACUGGAGAGGAUCAUGGAGAUGAUCCGCGAUGCUGAGCGCCUUGACCACGUUCCGCGACCGCGCGACCAUUUUGACUUGAUCGGUGGCACAAGCACUGGAGGGAUUAUCGCUAUCAUGCUUGGAAGGCUAGGCAUGACAGUCGAUGAAUGCAUACGAGCAUAUAGACAAGUUGCGGAGCAAGCAUUUACCCCAAAACGGACAUCAAUAUUACCUGCAUCGCCCAAAGGUGCUUUCUCAGCAAAAGCUCUCGAAAAUGCUAUGAAACAGGUAGUCAGAGAGUACUGUACGCACAUCGAAUGCGUAACCCGUCGGCGCCAAGGCCAGACAACUGUCAAUACGUGUUCACAUUGCGAUAUGGCUUUCCGGGAUAACACAUGCACGAAAACUGUGGUCUUGGCGAUCACGAAAGAUAAUGUCGAUGCACCACCAACGCUCUUCAAGACAUACGAUCGAUCCGCUGCCUUCGAUAGUUCUACUGUUUGGCAGGUCGCACGAGCGACGUCAGCAGCAACGACCUUUUUCAAGUCCAUCAAAGUUGGCCGAGAUGAGAUCGAGUUCAUUGAUGCCGGUUUUGGUUACAAUAAUCCAUGCAAUAUUCUGAUCCAGGAGGCCCAGCGAGAGUUUCCUGAUCGCGGAAGAAUGCGGAUUCUAAGCAUCGGAACUGGCCUAGGUGAUGUUGUUACUAUCAAAGACAAACGAUUAUCUAUCAUUAAUGCGCUGAAAAAGAUGGCCACAUCAUCUAAGAAAGUAGCAGCCGACGUCGAUUAUCGCUAUGGCGCUGAUAGUGAAUACUUCCGUUUCAAUGUUGAUCAAGGCCUUCAAGAUAUCACGUUAUCCGAUUGGGAGAAAGCUAGCAAGAUAUCCGCACAUACCCGGAACUACCUAGCGGAGAAUGAGCGGGUGAUCAAGAAACUGGUCGAUGAAAUCACCCGUCCUCGUCAAGACUCUAUGGUGAAUGAAGAUAGGCCGAUGAGCCGUGGAAAAGCCUGUCUUAGCGGGCCUUUUUGUUUGAUCCCACUCCGUCAAAACCGUCACUUUGUAGGACGUAGAAAGGAAUUAGAUGGGCUUCAGCAGAAAGUGCUGAUCCAGAAGGAUAACGGGCGACUCGCAAUCUUCGGGCUAGGAGGCGUCGGCAAGACCCAAAUUGCACUGCAAGUUGCGUACUGGGCGAGACAAAACAUGCCCUCUUAUUCUAUCUUUUGGAUAUCAGCACUGAGCAAGGCGAGUUUUGAGCAGGCUUGCACGCAGAUUGCGACGAAGCUAGGAAUUAGCAAAAUCUCAGAUAAUGAAGAUACCAUGGAGUCAGUGCAACGACAUCUGAGUUUGGAAUCAACCGGACCCUGGCUUCUGAUUGUGGACAAUGCAGACGAUAUGGACUUGCUCUUUGGAAGCUCAGAUUCGCCAGGAGGAAUGAGCCAAUAUCUUCCAGAGAGCGAGCUCGGUGUGACACUACUAACUACUCGCUCUCGAGAGAUAGCUGUGUCAUUUGCUGGCAAUGAAGUCACGAAUCUCCAAGAAAUGCAUUUACAAGAGGCGACAAGUUUAUUGGAAAAAUCACUGAUCCAAAAAGACUCGCGUGAAGAUAGAGAAGAGACAGUGCAGCUGCUGGAAGAACUCAACAAUUUGCCUCUAGCGAUCACGCAAGCAGUUGCCUACAUGAACACGGCAGAUAUAUCAAUUUCAAAAUACCUCUCAUUGCUACGCGGCACAAAGAGUGAUGUGAUCAAUCUCUUAGGCAGACAAUUUCACGACAGCACUCGCUACAGGGGAUCGCAGAAUGCCGUGGCUACCACCUGGCUGAUCUCCUUUCAGCAGAUCCACAGAACGGAUGAAGCUGCAGCCAAAUUAUUGUCAUUUAUCUCGUGCAUCGAGCCAAAGGCGAUCUCACAGUCGCUCCUACCUGACUUUGGAUCAGAAGAACAAAUAGUCCACGCUAUUGGCACAUUGUGUGGUUAUGCCUUUCUAGCCGAAAGAGAUGAUGCUUUAUAUGAUAUGCAUAGCCUGGUCCACUUGGCGACGCAAGUGUGGGUUCAAGAGCAAGGGUUCACAAAGCAGACAAUGGAAAGAGCAGUCGGUCAUUUAGCGGGCGUGUUCCCGUCCGAUGAUUAUACCAACCGCAAGUUGUGGCGGACUUUGCUACCUCAUAGCCUGCGGGCUCUCCAGGAAAGCGAAGGGCAUGACACAGAGGAGAGGUCGGAGCUAAAUCUGAAGGUUGCGCGGUGCCUGGAAGCAGAUGGCAGGAUCAGAGAGGCUGUAUGUUGUUAUGAAGAAAUAUGUCGGUGGAGUGAAUGCCAGUACGCGGAGGACCACCCCUCUCGACUAGCAUCCCAGCAUGAGCUCGCCAGUGCAUACCAAGCUGACGGCCAGAUCGGCGAGGCAGUCAAGCUGCUUGAGCAUGUGGUUGCAGUAGAAGAGAUAACCCUCGCUAAAGAGCACCCUGACCGACUAGCAUCACAGCAUGAGCUCGCCAGUGCAUACCAAGCUGACGGCCAGAUCGGCGAGGCAGUCAAACUGCUUGAGCAUGUGGUUGCAGUACAAGAGAAAGUCAUGGCUGAAGAGCAUCCCUCUCGACUAGCAUCCCAGCAUGAGCUCGCCUGUGCAUACCAAGAUAAUGGCCAGAUCGGCGAGGCAGUCAAGCUGCUUGAGCAUGUGGUUGCAGUACAAGAGAUAACCCUGGCCGAAGAGCACCCUAACCGACUGGCUUCACAGCAUGCGUUGGCAAAAUUAGAAAAGGUGUAUAAGGAGUGA